GCACAAAGGGUAAACAAAUCAAACACCCAAUCAUCGAGCAUCCGAACCUGUGCAUACCGUUUAGCAAAGGACGAUAAUUUGUUUUUGUCACGUUUAUUUACCGUAUAAAUUUUAAAUAAACGUCAGGUUUUAUUUGACAGAAUAAGAAGUAUACCUGGACACAGCACCGUGCUCCGAUGAAGGACAACUGAUGUGAAGGGGGGGCUGUUUUUUCUCCCUGCUCGUCCUCCCUCUGUCAGAGAAAGCGCUCGUCGCCCAGAGGAAAACAUUGAUUGUUUAAUAGAUUUGCAGCUCUAUUUCUUUUUUGGUCAAUCAAAUUCGCAGUAACUAAUGGCGACCAGUGCCAAGAGACCGUCCCUGCAGGGCCCGGUGCCUCCUCCUCGCAAGAAGACAGCACCCAAACCAGAGCUGACUGAGGAGCAGAAGCAGGAGAUCAAGGAGGCCUUUGAGCUGUUCGACACAGAUGGCUCUGGAUACAUUGAUGUCAAAGAGCUCAAGGUGGCGAUGAGAGCUCUGGGCUUCGAACCAAAGAAAGAGGAGAUCAAGAAAAUGAUUAGCGAGGUGGAUAAAGACGGCACAGGGAAGAUCUCUUUUGCUGACUUCCUCAGUGUGAUGACACAGAAAAUGGCUGAGAAAGACUCUAAAGAGGAGAUCCUGAAAGCGUUCAGGCUGUUUGACGAUGAUGAGACUGGAAGGAUCUCCUUCAAGAAUUUGAAGAGAGUGGCCAAAGAGCUGGGAGAGAACCUGACUGAUGAAGAGCUGCAGGAAAUGAUCGAUGAGGCCGACAGGGACGGGGAUGGAGAAGUGAACCAGCAGGAGUUCCUGCGCAUCAUGAAGAAGACCUGUCUGUACUGAGGGGAGGGAGGAGUGGUGCUACGGAGAACAGCGGUGGUUUUACAUGUAAUGCUGCUCUUAUGUGAAAUUAGUUCCUUAGCAAUUCUCACAUUAGCACAAGGGCUGUCAAACCAUUAACAU